GGAACUACAGACGCUGCCCGUCAUCAUUGUUGUAGUUUUUGGUGCAAUCAUGGCGUCCCACAGCAGCCUCGUUAGACUGUUUCCCAUUCAAAGUCAGCUCGAUUACGCUUUAGAUGAUGCCACAACACAACAAGAAAAGGAAGAUCUCGUCUACCAGUAUUUGAAAAAGAUAGACGAGAGGGAAGACCUGAAGAUACCGGAUUUUCAGACAGGCUUGGAGUGGCUGAACACUACAGAGCCUCUGUCUUUGAGCAAGGAGCUGGCCGGCAAAGUGGUGCUGCUGGACUUCUUCACUUACUGCUGCAUCAACUGCAUGCACAUCCUCCCUGACCUGCACCAGCUGGAGAAGAGACACUCUGUUGAAGAUGGGCUGGUGAUUGUCGGUGUGCACUCUGCCAAAUUCCCCAAUGAAAAAGUCCUGGACAACAUCCAGAGCGCCGUGCUCCGCUACGACAUCUGCCACCCAGUGGUCAACGACGACGAGGCGACUCUCUGGCACGAACUGGAGGUCUCCUGCUGGCCCACACUGGUCCUGCUGGGGCCACACGGCAACUUGCUCUUCUCCCUGGUGGGCGAAGGCCACAGCGAGCGCCUGACUCUUUUCGCAGACGGUGCGCUCCGGUAUUAUCGGGAACAGGGCCAACUGAAGACGCACUCGGUGGGGAUCAAGCUGUACAGGGACUCGUUGCCUUCCAGCAUCCUUUCCUUUCCCGGGAAGGUGGCGGUGGAUCAGCGCAACAAGAAGCUGGCGAUAGCUGAUACGGGUCAUCACAGAAUCCUGGUGGUUUCUUCCACCACUGGAGAGCAGCUACAUGUUGUAGGAGGACCUGAAAGAGGCAGACAAGAUGGCGACCUGUCCGAAGCUUCCUUCAACUCCCCACAGGGCGUCGCCAUCAAAGGAGACAUUGUGUAUGUGGCCGACACUGAAAACCACCUGAUUCGAAAGGUUGACCUGGUGCAGGGACGAGUCAGCACUCUCGCUGGCGUAGGGACACAGGGGACAGACAAAGAGGGCGGGGCUAUGGGACCCCAGCAGCCAAUCAGCUCUCCGUGGGAUGUGACGCUUGGGACUGCCGGCGGUGCUGAAGACAACGUGCUGUGGAUAGCCAUGGCAGGGACCCAUCAGAUCUGGGCUUUGUUCCUGGAGGAUGGAAAGCUGCCCAAAGGAGGUGACUCCAAGGCGGGAACGUGCGUGCGAUGGGCGGGCAGCGGCAGCGAGGAGAACCGGAACAACGCCUACCCUCACAAGGCGAGCUUCGCCCAGCCGUCAGGCCUGGCUCUGGCUGCAGAGGAGCCCUGGAGCUGCCUGUAUGUGGCCGACAGCGAAAGCAGCUCCAUCCGCAGUCUGGCCCUGAAGGACGGAGCCGUCAAGCAUUUGGUUGGAGGAGAGAGGGACCCGCUGAACCUUUUUGCUUUUGGGGACGUCGAUGGGAAGGGGGUGGAUGCCAAGUUGCAGCAUCCCCUCGGUGUGGCCUGGUCUGCCGAACAAAGCCGGCUCUAUGUGGCCGACUCCUAUAACCACAAGAUCAAGGUGGUGGAUCCAAAGACAAAGCAGUGCACCACGUUAGCAGGGGCAGGAGAAGCUGGAGAUGCUCUGGGCCCCCAGUUCACCAAAACCUGCUUCAACGAACCAGGAGGAAUCUGCAUCAGAGGGAACCUUCUUUACGUGGCCGACACCAACAACCACAAAAUCAAAGUUCUCAACCUGGACUCCAACAGCGUCUCUCUGCUCCACAUCUCCACUGAGUGCACAGACUCAGCAUCUGUGAAGCCUUUGGGAGUCACCAAAGUCCCCACGCUGCCUAAAUCAGCUGCCAGGAAGGAUUUGCCUCCAGUUACGGCGUCGGCAGGCCAGACUGUCAUCCUGUCACUCACUAUGUCGCUUCCAGAAGGAGUGAAACUCACCGACGAGGCGCCCAGCUGCUGGGCGCUCUCAGCUGAGGGUAACGAGUGGCUGCUGGAAAACCAGGUGGCGUCCGGCAGCAUCGUGGAUUUGACGCAGCCGCUCCGGGUGUCAGCCAAGCUUCCCGCCGCCGUGAGGGAGUCGGACGGAAACCCCGACCUCAGGUUGAGCGUGUGGCUGUUUUACUGUUUGGAGGAAGGUAAAGCCUGCACUAUGAAAGCCGCCUCGUUCAGCCAGCCUCUUCAAAUAAACGCCAGUCCUGGAGACGGAGAGGUCACCGUGGCGUUCGCCCACUCCUUCUAAAACCAGCCGCACGGCUCUCAGCUGUGUGACGAACUUUUCAGAAAAAAGGAAUAACAACGAAAGAAGGAUAUUUAAUCGAGCUGAGUUAUGAUUCAGUUUCUUUCUGCCUUUGACCGUGAGAGAACACCUUGUGAAUACUAAUACAGAGAUAUGACCGUUUUCCCUAACAUGAAAAAAAACAAAAGAAAUUCAGGGCCUUUCAUGGGCUGUUGGAGUAGGAAACCAGAAAUAUCCACUGCACCGUUUAAUCUGAUCAAAAUGAAAGACGUGAACUUUAUGCACCCAUGAUGUAUUAAAAUUAUCUAUGCAGACUCACAUUUUAUCAUGUUAAUGGACUCCAGUGUUAGAUUUUUUAUAAUUAUAUUUGCAAAAGUAUUCACACCCUCUGAAUUUGCUUCAAAUCUGCAUCCAAAAACUUUAGUGUCGCUCUAAUUUGAUCAAAUCACCUCCGUAUUUCCCAGAUUUGUUUAGCUGGGAGAGGGGAAGAAACAAAUUAUGUUUCAUUAUCCUGCUGCUUCAUUUUUAUGCAUCACGAGGAGAUUGUGUAAAGCAUAAAAUCCCCAUAAAACAGAAUAAAGUUCUGUUUGUAAUUUCCUCCUCUAACAAAAUGUCUUCCAGUAUUGUUCUGCGUUUAGCUCCAUCCUUCUUCCCAUUCUCUAUCUUUACUUGGAAAUUAAAGGAUCCCCCUCACCAUAAUGCUGCCACUACUGUGUUUCACGUUAAUAAAAUACAUUACGGUUUGUUUUUAUGUGACAAAAUGUGAGAAAGUUCACGCGGUGCGAGUACUUUAACAAUGCCCUGCGAGUGUUUGCUACAGCUCUUCCUGCUGCGGUGCCUUCUAGCUGCAUGCUAAUCUUGCGUCCGUAAAUAUUUAUCUUCUUAACGCCGUGCAUCGCCGCAGACCGGCUCUCGGAGUCUGAAUGGUCACACUUGUCCGACGUCGGGAUCUGUGCGACUGAUAAAAACUUCUGCUUGUGAUUAUCUGUGUCACGGGGCGCCGCUUUGAUUCAGACCGUUAAAAUUAAGCUGCUAUCUGAGUGAUGAAUACAGUUCCUGUUUUCAAAAAGCCGCGGCGUCUCCCCUGCGAGCCGACGACACCUCGAGUCUGCCGCCUGCUCCGCCACGCUGCGCGUUAUUACACCGAGAAGACAAAGUCUCAUUCAAAUCAUCUGCUUCACAAAGGGAGCGUGAUAUGAAAGACAGACUCUAAUAAGGAGCCGCUGGAUCGCUCUCUGUUGCGCAAUAAGAUAUGAUAAUGUGGACGCUGUUAUUUUGUCUGUAUUGCUUCUCAAAGUUACGGCCUGCUGUCGGAAGCGGACCUCGGGGUGUUUUUUUCUUUUAUCCCCAUCGCCUCGCGUGGCGUUAUUGUCGGAAUCUGGUUCUGUUGUUCGGAUCGUUCGGCCCAAGUGCCUUCCAGAGGUCUAAACUGAUGACACUUAACUGUAUCUGAAGCAAUAACAAUAUACUGUAAUAGGAGAAAGUGCUUUAUUCCCACAUGUUAUUUAUUUGAAAUGAGCUGCUCGAGUUUUCUGAUCCGUUUUCUGUCAUCCCUCCAGGAUAUUUUUUUUUAAUGAAUUGUAAUGGCUUCGAAUGGCUGUUGGUGAGAUUGUUUUCCCAACUUUUUAGACUCGUUUGAUGCAUUAAAUUGUCCACAAAUUAAAGCGAAAAAUACCUAAUAAACGUAUUUAUAUACUCUG